AUGCCGCCUCUCAAGGCAGCGCAGCUCCUGAAUGGCGAUGGUCCCGACUUGGCCAAGCCUUUCAACAACAAUGACCGCCGUGCCUUGCUUAGAGAAGUCAAACGAAUGAUCAAGAAGAGAGGAGAGACAGACAGCCAGAUGACAGAAGCAAUGAAGCGCACCGACAAGCCCAACGGCGCCCAACUUCAGCAAGAGAAGUUGCUCCAGAUGUCAGUUCGCAUGAAGGCCAAGGAGAAUAAGUUCAUUCGCCGUCAGAGCAAGGUCUUGGCCGACAGGGAGAAGCUUUUGAAAAUGGACCCCUCGGAUGCCAGAACUCGCGAUGUCGAAAUCCUCAGAACCGUGUUGUUCAAGCUUCGCGGUGAGGCCGAGACUCUGGAAAGCGGAUGCAAGCAGAAGCUGGACGGUCACGGUGAUGAUUACGCCUCAUCUGUCAAUUGGGACUCUAAGAAAAGGGAUCAAGGCAACAGCAACAACGACAAUCACAGCGCUCCAAAGAGCGACCUAGGCAAGGACAAGGAUACCGCUGCCGCUAAGGCCCAUGGUACCAAGACCGAGAAGAGAAAACAAGCCGAUGAGUACCCUAAGCCCUCUAAGAAGGCAAACAACGGACAAACCAGCAACACCAGCCCGCAGCCUAUCACAGAGGUCGCUACCGCAGCUGACAAUCAAACUUCUACAGAGGACAGCAACACGAAGAUGGAGGAGGGUGCGAAGAAGAGCAAGAAAAAGAACAAGAAGUACAAACCCAUAUCUUCUAUUGAGACUGAGAUCAUGGAGGAAGGUGGCAAGCAAGACGUCGUUACCCAGCUCCAGAAUCCCAACGACAGGAAGGAUCACAACAGCAUUGUCAAAGCUGAAGCAGACUACGGUUCAACUGAUGAGGGCGGCAAGACCAACAAGAAUAAGAAGUCUCAGAAACCCAACUGUGUCGCCACCGUCGAGAUUGAGCAAGAGGUGAAAGACGACAAAUCCAAAACCGUCACUGGUCUGGUCUCCAAGACGCAGAAACACGACGCUGGGCCCGCUGAUACUGCCAAGAAAGAAAAGAUGGUCAAGAACAAGACAAAGAAGAAGAAUACUAAGACAACUGCAUCCAUCUCUGCUGAUUUCAUUGGCAAUGACGCAGAUGAACAAAACGGUCUCAAGGGACGCAAGACCUGUUCUAGCCAUGACAGUAACUCAGGCGCCGGUGCGCUCAAGAAGAUCAAAAAAGAGAAGCGAUCUGCAGAUGACAUCUUCGACUAUAUGAAGCAAGAAAGCCACGAGCUGACAGAGCCUGUCCAAACCACGGAUAUUGAGCAGGCUGCUACCAAUGAAGGCAACAAGAAGAGACAGCGAAAAUCCAGAUUCAUAACCACCGAGACAAAGAGCCAGUUCUGUCAUCCUAGCCAGGACAAGGCCAACAGCUCUGAUAUCUAUGAUUUCGAGGCUACGUCUUCUACCAGCAAACCCGCCUCGAGGGGCCCCACGCCCACGCGCAUCGAAUCCCCUAUUGCUCCGGUCGCUCCGUUCUCUAAGAUGGCUGGUUACAACCUCUUGAACCCAUGGGCUGGAUUUCGCCGUACCUUCAGCAUCCAGACCCCCGAGCCAGUUUGCGCCCCCGUAGAGUGCAACGAGAAGGCAACAAAGGCGCAGGAUGGCCAGGUUUGGGUUCUCCACACUGCUGGAUCGCGCAAGAAGAAGAGAAACCGAGACGAUCAUGAUUCGAAGAGUGUCAUCAUGACUAUUGGCAAGGUCGACGCUCCGACCCAAGUCGACCAAGGUUCCCCAACACCCCCUCCCAAGCAGGAGCAGAAAGAGCAGAAGAAAAGAGGAAGACCCAAGAAGGCUCAGGUUCCUCUCAUGCCCUUGAAGCCUCGUCCUACGACUUCCCAGGGCCCGAUGUCUGCUCCAGGCGUUCGUGCCUCUGGGGAUCUCAUCCGCCUCAUUACCCCAUAUGCUGCGCUUCUUGGUAGCGGCGAACGAGCGGAGUCGUUAAGCAAGCUCCUUGCGAAGGAUCAAGAGUUGCUUCAAGAGGAAAAGAAGACUUGGUUCAAGGCUAUGGGUCUCCCGCUUGACGACUGA